AUGAAAGAAGGACAAAGACUUAAUCAAUCAUUUUCUUAUUGUCGAUCAAGCCCUGAGAAGAAGGGUUCAAGGCACAAUAAAGUUAUCUCAGAUGCUUAUCGAAAGUUUCUUGCUACUUAUUAAUAGUUAUCUAUGAUAGGCGGUUAGUAUAAAUAUUCACAUAAUACUCUAAUGCCUUAUAUUCACUUUUUUAAAUACAUGGCUAAGAGAUAUGAUGAAAUAAAUCAAAAAUGCAAAUUGAAAAUGUGGAUUCCAGAUACCAUCAUAUUAAAUGAUUUAGAUUUAAGUGCAAUUUGGUUUUAUAGCAGUGCAGAUGGUUAUGUUUAUAGAACAGAUUCAUUCACUUCUCGAAAUGCAGCAUAAAAAUUUACUGAAGGUUCCAAUGAUCCAGAUGAAUUGAUUGCUGUCGUAAAGAAGCCACAGUACAAAGAUAUGGAAUUAAUUGGAAAUGACACAAAACCAAUUUUAUAGAAGGAUGUUCCAUUGAUAUUUUCAAAUGCUAUGAGUGUUAAGUAAGAAAUUACAUGCUUAUAAAAAUAUAUUAAAUGCCAAGGUCCUAUGGCAUAUAUCUGUAGAACUAUUUGGAGAAAGAAUGGAUAAACUACGGCUUGGGUUAUCACCAAUAAACUGACAUUUCAAGAUGAAGGAGAUUAUGCUUAAAGGUGUCUUGCAAGUGCCAGCAAAUAUAAAUAAACCAAUAUAAUAUAAUGUAAGGGUGGUCGUUUCAUUGAAGAAACCAUUCCUUACAUUUAAAAUCUGUUGCUCUAUUGCAGAUAGAGUAUGAAUGUUGAAUUUGAUGAAUUAGGCUGUGAUUUUACAAAGGGAAUAGAUAGCAAAUGGUAUUUGCUUAAUGUUAGAGGUUUUAAACUGAUGAAUCCUUCUCAUUAAAUCUUUACUAGACAUAUUACUCAUGAUGAACAAAUACCUCAAGAUUAUGAAAGAAGCCAAACCUCUCACUCUAAUUAAUAAUGGAAUUUUACAAAGACUUAGGUGUGUAAGUUUUGUGAUUUGGUAUAUCCAGCCAAAGAAUUAACUCAUUAAUUAACUUUAAAAAUGUUAAUAGAGUGUGAUUUACAUUUAUUAAGUAGAAAUAUUGAAUUAAAACAUUUAUAAAUUAGAAAUAGAAUAAACUUUACUCAUCUCGACAGUGCUAUGCUAUUUCAUAAAUAUUACGUUUGUGACAGUUGUUAUUAAUUAUUUAUGGCAUGCGAUGAGUUAAUAUAGCUUGAAUUCAAGAUGGCAUAAAAAUUGGGAAUUGAUGUGUAUGAGAAAAACAACAUUAUUUCACUUACUUAGUAGGAUUAUCGAGUUAAAGGACCAAAUGUCAUCUAGAGAUAAGCUAACACCAUCUAUGGAAAUGGGGAAUAUUUUAUCAAACCUCUUGAUUGGGAAAUGUUGAAUGAAGUUUAAAUAAAAUUAAUGCCAAAUCUACCUGAAAUUGAUUAUGGAACCAUUCCCAAGAUGAAGAGGUUUAGAAUAAUGAUCUAUAUUAAAACUCUAUCUCAGAUUCCGAUUGAAUCUUAAUUCAAUUAGUGCAAAUAUUACAUUUAUUAUAACUUUCUCAAUUAAGAAAUUUAGUAAAUUUAUUGA